UUGGAUGGUGAAUGGAUAAGGAGAUAGGUUGAGAUUGUAACAAUUCCUUGAUGGCUUCGGUUUCUGGCAAUUACUGGAAAUCACUUGAUGCUAAUAAUGAGGAUAAGGAGGUAUCUAGUUUGCGCUGCAUGCACUUGGAUAUGGACUCAUUAAGUCCCUAUCUUUCCCAAGAACAACUGUGUAGUAUCAUUGACUUUGCUCCAGAUUGGGCAUAUGCUGGGGUUAGAACAAAGAGAGGAAACUGUGAUUGCACUAGUCAAAUUAGGUGCAGUCCCAGGUCUUGAUGAUGACCCAACAUCAGCAUUUCCUCGAGGGGAAACAGCAGCUGAUUUAGCUUCAAGUAGAGGAUAUAAAGGUAUUGCUGGAUAUCUGGCUGAGGCAGAUCUUGUAAGUCAAUUGUCUAGAUUAACUGUUAAUGAAAAUGAGAAGGACAACAUUGCCACAAACUUAGCAACUGACAAUGCAUUUGAAUGUGCUGAUACUGAUUCAUCAAAGAUGACAAUGGAUGAGCAGCACUAUCUAAGAGAGUCACUUGCUGCUUUUCAAAAAUCAGCUUAUGCUGCUGCUUCAAUCCAAGCAGCCUUUAGAGCAAGAUCAUUCUGUCAAAGACAACUAGCCAAGAAUAGCAGUGAUAUUUCUGAAGAUGCACUUUAUCAAGUUGCUGAUUCUUUGAACAAGGUUCAGAAGAUGGGUCAUUUUGACGAUUAUCUGCAUUCUGCAGCUUCAAAAAUUCAAAAGAGAUACCACGGGUGGAAGGGAAGAAAAGAUUUUUCGAGAAUACGCACCGGCAUUGUAAAAAUUCAGAGUCAAUUCUUACUGCCUCUGUCCUUGGUGUCGGGCUCAUGUUAGAGGUCACCAAGUUCGAAAGCAGUAGAAAAUAGUUGUUUGGUCUGUUGGCAUCGUGGAAAAGGCAAUACUGCGUUGGAGACGGAAAAGAGUUGGUCUGAGAGGAUUCCGGGUUGUGCAGUCGGCUUGCACUGUGGCUGGAAAUCCUGAGAAAAAUUGAUGAAUAUGAAUUUCUUAGCAUUGGGAGGAGACAGAAAUCAGAUGAUGUGAACAAAGCUCUGGAUAGAGUAAAGUCUAUGGUUCGCAAUCCAGAGGCCCGUCAUCAGUACAUGAAGCUUGUCAUGAAAUCUCAAAAUUUAAAGGUGCUGUGGUCCUAUCUAUUUUCUUUCCCUGGGUAAUAUUUUUGGCCCACUAAAUAUAUAAUCAGUUUUCCUUGAUUAAAAGCAAAUCAGAUUGGAACAGACUGGUGAUGGUGGUAGCAGUCAACCACAGCCUGUUGAGUAGUAUUUGACAGGAAUGGCGAAGAGUAACAGUGACUUACUUUGGAUGAUAGUUUAAGUCUUACGAGUAAAACUGUAAAAUAAGUAACAUCUAACAUAGUUUUAUUAUGGAAAUUCUGUAAAUUAGAAAGAUAAAAGAUAAUUCAGGAAAGCAAGGGGAAAUGUAUAUACAGUACAAAUGUCCUUUUUGUUCCCCGUUUUAGGCAUGUAGAAGACAGUUCUAUUUGCAAUAUAAUUGACUUAAUGUUCAACUACAAGGAGAAAGACAAUUAGGGAAAAAUCCUUUUAACUUGUUUGUAAACCUUUCUCAUUAUUUUUAUAGGAAUCUUAAUUUGC